AUGUGGAAGAGGUCAAAGGUCACAGAUCCGGCUGCCAACGGCCAAGCCGGUAUCAGGAAGAGAUCCAAGACACCUGGGGUGAUGAUUACACAGUUUGUGAUGGAGAUACCACGGGGCAAGAGCACCCCGGAUUUCCAACGAAAACCAAUCUCGCUAACCAUUCAAGAGGGGAAAGUAGCUGUUUUCAAGGCUGUUGUGAAAGGAGAUCCAAAACCCCAAGUGACAUGGACAAGAGCUAAAGGAGAUCUUACAGACACGGAAAAAUGUAUGAGGAAAUACAAUGAGUCGUCUGGUGAACAUUCUUUAGAGAUUCAUAAAGUUUCCCCUGAGGAUGCAGAUACAUACAAAUGCUUUGCUGUCAAUGAAUAUGGAAAGGCUGUCUGCACUGUAAUGUUAAAUGUGAUUGAGGUUGGAUUCAAAAAACACAAGGCUAUGGAGGAGAUGGACAUUGCUGCGACAGACCCGUCAAAGUUUAGGAAACUGUUGAGGAAAAGGUAAGAACAGAAAGAAGAAGGGGAGAUUGAUGAGAGGUUCUGGGAGGUCAUCAUGAACGCUGAUAGGAAGGACUAUGAGCGCAUCUGUGCCGAGUUUGGUGUCAAGGACUUCCGUUUGAUCCUCAAGAAACUCGGAGAGAAGAAGCAACAGCGAGUGGAGGAACAGUAUAGGGUAAUUCUUCCUCAUCUCAGAAACCUGAGGCAUAUUGACGUUAAAGGUGAUGGCAGUGCAUCCUUUGAGUUUGAAAUGGGCUUAAAAGAUCCCAUGAAUAGAUUUUUCCUCUACAAAGAUGGUGCCAUGGCCCCAUGUAAUGAUGAUUCAUCAUGGAAACACAGCUUUAAACAAGUUGAGAAGAAAACAGAGCCCAUGCUGGAACGUGCCGGGCUGUAUCAGGUGGACAGGGAGGAGGUCAACGCCUUCACGACUGACUUCAGAGUUCCCAAUGUGGACUUCUUGGUCAAAAUUCAGGAGGCGAAAGCCCAAGAGAGGGAGGACGCCCUCUUUGAAUGUGUCCUGACACAACCGCUACCCUGCAUCAGGUGGAUGGCCAAGAACAGCCCGCUCGAAGAUGGGGGAAAAUACAACAUAACCGUAUCAGAGGACAAACUGAUCCACAGGCUGCUGAUCAGGGACUGCAAGCAGGUGGACAAAGGCAUCUACGCCGCUGUGGCCGGCAACAAGUCCUGCAGUGCCUGGCUAGUUGUGGAAGCUGACGGUGAUCCCAAGACGGCUGGUAAGAAGAAGGCCCGCAAAAUGACCUGGGCCGGUGGAGCCGGGGUCGACCUUGAGAAAGUGGCCAGAGAACAGCAAAUGAAACUCCAAGAGGAGAGGGAGAGGACGGACGCAGCCUUGAAGGCAAAGGCAGAAUCAGAACGACUGAAAGAUGCUGAGCGACGUGGUACUUAUUGUGGAGAAGGAGAAAUAAUGGCAGUCGGUGGACUUAACAAGGGCACCAACGGAGGAAAGGUCAAGUCUGGAGCGAGUGAAUACGAUGCGAUCGGUGGCGGGUGGUUGGUUGCCUACUUCCUUCCGCGCUUCAGCCAGCCAGCGGCGGUGUACCGCUCUAAGGAAUCCGACAAGAAUGUUGAGCCAGACUUGUUCCGCCUUUCGCAUGACGGUGCAGAUCCAAGUGCCCAAAGCGAGUGUGGAGGAAUUGAAGAUGACGUCGGUUAUGCCAAACAUUCAAAACCCAAACGGCAUGGCCCGCUGGUGGAAGACUUACCAAUUGAUCCGGGGGUCCAGUUCAUCAGCGGACUUUCUGAUGUGAACGCCGUCAUCGGUGAGACUGCCGAAAUAAUGUGUAAGCUCAGCAGCGAAGACUGUGCAGGAUCUUGGUUCAGAGAUGGCAAGAAGUUAUUGGCGGAUGGUGACUUUGUCAUGACUAAAGAAGGUGCGACACACAAGCUGCUAAUCAGCAGCUGUAAGGAAGAGCACGCGGGGAAAUAUCGUUUUGAGGCAGAUGGACGCAAAACUGAGGCAGUGAUCAACGUAAAAGACCCCCCCAGGUUUAACCCUGAUGACCUGAGCGCAUUCAUCAAGCCAGUGACAGUCAAGGUGGGGCAGAAUGCGAUCUUCAAGCUGCCCUUUGUCGGCCUUGAACCCAUGAAGAUCCAGUGGUACAGAGAAGGUGAAGAGCUCUUCGAUGACAGUAACAUUAAGAUAGAGAAGACGACAGGCCACAGCCGGCUGCUCCUGAGCAAGUGCCAGCGGAGGAACACAGGCGAGAUCAAGAUCAAGCUGAAAAAUGAACACGGAUUGACGGAGGCUUUCUCACAGCUAGUAGUGUUAGACAAACCAACUUCACCCCUUGGUCCUGCAGAAAUAGUGGAGAGCUCUGCCAGUUAUAUUGAAUUCAAAUGGAGGCCUCCAAAAGACGACGGUGGCUCCCCCGUGAUAAACUACAUACUGGAGCGACAACAAGUGGGGAGAAACACCUGGAAGAAAAUAGGGGAGACCCCAGAUGUCCCCCGAUAUUGUGAUACAGAAGUGGAUCAUGGCCGGAGAUAUUGCUACCGCAUUCGAGCGGUAAAUGCGGAGGGCGUGAGUGAAAUGAUGGAGACCGAGGACAUUCAAGCCGGCACACUGGUGUUCCCUGGAUCUCCAGCGCCUCCUAAAGUGGUCGGUGCCUCUAAAGACUGCAUCAGCCUCUCCUGGUCCCCUCCCGUCAACACAGGAGGCUCCCGUGUCCUGGGCUACCAUUUAGAGAAACGCAAGAAAGGGAGUAACCUUUGGACCAGUGUCAAUCCCACUGGUGAACUAAUAAAUGAGAAAAAAUAUUCAGCAAAAGACAUCAUGGAAGGUAUUGAAUAUGAGUUCAGAGUGGCGGCCAUCAACACCUCAGGUGCCGGUGAAUUUAGCAACCCUUCAGAGUUCGUUGUUGCGAGAGACCCGAAGAAACCUCCGGGUAUAGUGAGAGACUUGAAGGUGACAGACACGUCUUACACCCACUUGUCCCUGGCAUGGACCAAACCUGAGGACAAACCUGGGAUCCAGGAUGAGGCCAAAGGAUAUUUCGUCGAUGUUCGGCUGGCCGAGUGCUCUGAAUGGUGCCGUUGUAACGUCAGCCCCAUCAUCGUGACGUUUUUCUCAGUGAAAGGCCUCAAGUCCAUGGGCAUGUACUGGGUCAGGGUGACUGCAACCAAUGAGGGAGGAGACAGUUCUCCUGUCGAGCUGGACAACUACGUCCUCGUGAUCCCUUCACCUGUGCGGCCACGAUUCACAGACCGCAAGAAGAAGAGUUUCAUGGUGGUGAGAGCAGGCAACUCUGUCAGGAUCACAGUAAACUUUGAGGCCUCCCCGCGGCCUGACGUGAUUUGGCAGAAAGACAACGUUCCUGUGACCAAGAGAGUUACCAUCAGCAACUCUGACAGCUCAUCUCAGCUGCUGAUCCCCUCGUCUGAGCGGUCUGAUUCAGGCAUCUACUCCAUUUUGGUGAAAAACAUAGCUGGACAGGAGAUGUUCAGUGUGGAGGUUAGGGUCACAGAUGAACCAAAGCCCCCUGGACCAGUGGAGCUGGAGGAGAAUGUCCCUGGCACAGUGACGGUGAUUUGGGAGCCAUCUCCUGAUGAGAAGCGUGAUGAUCGCCUUCAUUACACCGUCUCCAAACUGGACUCCACCAAACGCACCUGGAGCACAGUGGCCGACAGACUCUUCAACAACAAGUUCACCGUGUGUAACAUCAUGCAGGGAAGGGAGUAUCACUUCCGGGUCUAUGCCAAAAAUGACAUGGGCAUAUCUGCACCCUCCGAGUCACCAACCUGGGGAAUGGAGAAAAAGAAAGAAAAGUUUGUGGUGAACAUACCGACCAAAAAGGACUGUGAUUUGCGCUGUGCUCCGACCUUCCUUGUCCCCUUAAAACUUCACACUGCACCCAAAGGCUAUGAGUGCUACAUGAGCUGUGCUGUGAAGGGGAACCCCAAACCUCACAUCACAUGGUACCGCAACAACAUAAGUCUCAACACCAAUACAAACUACUACAUCUCCAACAUCUGCGGAGUUUGCUCCAUGUUAAUCCUCCGCGUGGGUCCCAAAGACAUGGGGGAAUAUUCCGUCAUGGCAGAGAAUGCCCUGGGGAGAGCCGAAUGCUCCACUAUACUCAGUGUGAGAGAGUGA